AUGACAGAAGGAGAUCCUGUAAAUGAUCAGAUUAAACCCCAGAGUUACUCUCACAAGUACCUUGGAAAGCUGGCGCCGGGGGAAGAAAUGGAAAGUUUGAAACUUUUGAUCUUAGUGGUGGUGAUGCUUUUUGCACAAGUUUACUGCGCUGAAGAAACGUCAUUGAGUCGGGAGCAAGAAAAUUGGCCAGCAACCAACUGGCAGAAGGAAUCCUCGGAAAACAACCUUGCACGUCAAGUUGCAGAACUCAUUAAGAGGUCAAAAUCUCAUCAGUUCUACGGGCUUAUGGGGAGACGUUCAGGGGCUCCACGGGCUGUGCCAAUGGGUUACAAAAGACAUAAAGGAGAGAUGUUCGUAGGUCUGAUGGGCAGGAGAUCCUCCAGUGGAGAAUUAUCAGAAGAAUUGGACAGACCUCAGUAUUAUGCCAGCAGACGUAAAUAAAUUCGAAACAUCAUUUAAACACUCCCUAUUCCCCCCUUCCCCCUUUGUUCUUCAUAGCCAGUAGACCAAUCAUUAUAAAGCAUAAACUCGAGUAAACUUCAAAAUCUGAUGAAACAUCAACACACCUUUACUGAAACACAAACUCAGAGAAAUAAAGCCACACUAACUGGACAUUUACUCACUCACUUACUUCACUGGACAUCCAGAAUUAGGUUAGGAAAUACAGGGUGACCCGGCUUUGAAUGCAUGCUCUUUGGUUUGAACCCUGCUGCUUUUCUUCUGUAAAAGCAAGAAUAUGAGUUGAGACGUAAUAAUACCUAUGAUGAACUAAAAUAAUCCAACUACAUCUCCAUUUAAAUUUAAGGGCAUGUGAAUGGCACAAGCCACUCUUUCCUAACUCAUAUAAUACUGUUUUAAUCAAUACAUUGAUGAAGUCUACAUUGUUUUCUGACAAGUAAAACAUAAAUUAUUAUGCACCAAAUCUAAAUCGUGGUUCUGCAUUCAUAAUAUAUUAUUUUUGCAGCAUUUUGUCAUUUCUGAAUAUACAACCAGCAUUGAGGCAGAGGAGUAUGUCUUGUUUGCUUUCAAGUGAAUUUGUAUUUUAAAUUAUUUAAAUAAACAUCCAUUUAAGCUAAUGCCUUUUCGUAUGUAAAAAAAAAAAAAAAGAAAAUCCUAGUAUUCUGAAUUUAUUUUGUUUUUAAAUCAUUUCAAUUUUAAAUUGGGAAUGGCCACAUAGAGUACUAGACAGGGCAGGGGUCUGUAAAAUAGAAGGAUUUUGUUGCCCAUUGGUUUGUAUACAGUGGAUUCAAUUCUCCCCUCAGUUCGAAUGCAAAAUGAAUAUACAGUGACUAAGGUGAGCGAGAAUAGCUUGGACUACGAUAAACACACUUGUCUUUAAAAACGCAUAUCAGGAUUUUACACCACAUAUUUCAGUAAGGGUCAAGGGUGUUUCUUGUGUCUUGAUCAUGUUGCCUGUAUUUGCACUACCCUUUUCCAAUCGUCUUAUUCAGGCAUCCCGUUUUUACAGGAUCCAGACGGUUGGAAAACAACCAAACUUAAAUUCCAUGACAGUGUAGUGUUUCUGUGUUUUUGUAACUACAUGAAUUAGUCUAUAACACAUACUUGUAAGUAGAUGUUGCUUUGAAUUAAAAAUAUAUGGUUGUAAUAAAAUACAUGUGAAAUACAA